GAGCUGUUGGCUUUCAGAACGAGAGAGAGAGAAAUUUUGUUCACCUCUCACCAGAUAACAGUCCGUCAAGACCCUGCUGGAGUUCUGCACAGUGCUAGUGACAUCUUCACUCACACUCUAUACCAGCCACAACCACAGAAAUGGACGACAAGAACAAUUUCAAGAAGCAAGUCUUACCGCAUUAUUUAGACACAUUAACAUCGGUCGUGACUCUUGCUGAUAUCGUCAUUCAUGCUAGUGACAAACCUCUCAGUGACACAGAAGGGAGAAGAUUCAGGUCUGAGGUGGAAUUGGCUCACACAGAAAUUCAGAACUCAGUGCAAAAAUGCAAAGAGAUCAGAGAUGGUGUGGAUCACAAGAUCGAAGAUAUGGCAUCAGAGUCUCUUGAGCAGGAAAUAGUAAACUUGACAAAUCAGCUGGAGGAUGUGAACAAGCAAUUAAUAGCAGUGAAAAAUGAGAAAGACAAAACCAGAGAUGAACUUCAUCAUUCUCAAGUUCAAUUAUUGCACACAACAGAAACUCAGGACAGAGCUAAUGUGAAGAAAGCAGAGAAAGAAACUGUUCGUAACAUAGGCUAUGGUCUUCUCAUCAUCCCCUUCAUCGGAAUCCCGAUGGCUCUCAGCACUUCCAAAGAAAUCAAGCGUUGGGAGGACAUAAUUAAAAAUACAACAGAAACCAAGGGAGAUUUGGAGAAAGAAUGUGAUAAGAAACAGACAAAUCUAAACAACUGUUACGAAAAGAUAAAGGAUCUGAAAGAAAAGAGAGUGGAAUAUGAGGGUCUUCGGGAGAACAAGAGAGGGAAAUUGCAGGCUUGGACACAAGAGACUGCUGAGCUCUUUGAUGCACAGAGAAAGGUGAAGGAUAUGCUGUCCUACCUUAAUAAGCUCCAGGGUGCACUGGAGCAGUUACAAGAACAGAGCACUGAGGAGGCCUUCUAUGGGAUAGAAGGGAUCAAAGAUCUUCUCCAGACAGUCUUCACCACCAUCCAAAAGGAGAGUUUCAAUAAGGAAUUGCUGUGUGAUUCCCGAAUCGACAGAAAGCUUCAUGAACUCGAGGAGAAAAUCCCAGAGUUUAACAGGAUUUAUGUGCAAUAGAGAAAUACAGAAAAGGGAAUGGGAAUAUGGCAGGGACAGACGCACCGUUUAGACGCUUCAUGUCUCUGGAAGAAUGUCCUCCAAUAAAAACAGAAAAUAUAAGAGAAAUUCAACUGGUUCAGCUG